CAAUUAUGACGUCACGGAAGGCCUAAGCGAGCCUCUGAUGGCAUUGAGGCAGCGAAGGAACAGCAGUUCAUCGGGAUAGAAAGAGCAAAAAGGGUUAGAGUUCGUGCUGACAAUGUCACCAUGGCCAUGAUCAAGGCUGUCUCAGAAAGUAGCUCAAGCUGAGAAGGAGCCGGAACUCGCUGCGGUCGGGUACCUGUAGCUUAGCAACCAGUGGACGUCAGAAGUCCCGGGCCGCCGAGCUGGCACCUGCCUUGCCUGUGUAAAGAGGGAAAUAAAUCCAAGGGACAUGGCGGAAAUAACCAAACGCUUAAAUAAGAACACGCCGCUCUCUGCCUUAUCUGGCUUCAGUUUCAUUCCAGAGAGAAGAGACCCCAACGAGCUAACUUACUUCGGUAACCAGAAGAAGGAAGUAUCCAUGCUGCUUUAUGAUCAAGUUUUUAAAGUACAACAAGGGUAUGAUAAUAAGAUUCAUCGUGAUGAUAGAGAACACAGCUUUAGCCAAGGUCUUAAUGUAAAUGCUGAGGAAAAUGCUCGAAUAGUUCCAGUCUUGACAUCAUCAUACUAUGGUAAACGCCCACCGCUUGAACCACCAAAUCGAACAUUUGUCAGAAUUGCCCGUGUCCAAAAAGAAUUUUACAGAAGAAACGGCAUUGCCAAUUAUUUGGAGGAGGAUCAGCAAUGAGAAACGAGAAUAAAGUCAGACUGAUAUGGUCUCCAUUCCUCUGCAAUUUUAAUAUAUCCCUUUUUAAAUGUAUGUUUCGUUUUUUUUAUAAAAAGAAUUGAUUAAAAAUUGAAACUCA